AUGGACGCCGUCAGUCAUGGUCGUGUCUCAACAGACAGCCAUUCCAAGAAACCUCCCUCAGACCGUGCCAAGCUCGACGAUGAAGGUGUGUCGCCCGACCAUUUCGAGUUCGGUGGCUCGCUCGGCGCCUCCGCCCUGAUGAUCGGCUUCCCCUUGCUCAUGUGGUACAUGUGGGUUGGGCUCGAGUACUACGACGGACAGCUACCGCUCCCUUCGGCUGACCAGUCCUGGUCUGAAUUUGUCUCGCACGUGGCGCACCUCGCAUACACGGGAGCCUUCCCCUCGGCGCGGGCGUGGAAGAUCUACUGGGCAUUCUUCCUGAUGGAGAUGUUCUUCUACUACACGCUGCCCGGAGUGACAGCCUACGGCAAGGCACUGCGCCACGAGGGCGGCAAGCAGCUCAAGUACUUUUGCAACGCCUACUUCAGCUUCUACGCGACCAUGCUAGUUGCCGCCACGCUUCACCUCACUGGCGUCUUCCCUCUGUACACCGUGAUCGACGAGUUCGGGCCUAUCAUGUCGGUGGCCAUUCUUUCCGGGUAUAUCAACAGCCUUCUCGUAUAUGUAUCUGCCUUUGCUCGACAGCGUACGCAUCGGCUCUCUGGCUAUCCGAUCUACGACUUCUUCAUGGGCGCCGAGCUCAACCCGCGUAUCGGAAUCCUCGACCUCAAGAUGUUUUACGAAGUACGCAUCCCCUGGUUCAUCCUCUUUCUCAUCAGCUCGGCCGCGGCUGUGCGGCAAUACGAGGACUAUGGAUACGUGUCUGGAGAGAUCUUGUUCGUCUUGAUGGCGCACUUCCUGUACGCCAAUGCCUGUGCCAAGGCUGAGCAGUCAAUCGUCACCAGCUGGGACAUGUACUUUGAGAAGCUAGGCUUCAUGCUCACGUUCUGGAACAUGGCCGGCGUCCCCUUUUCGUACUGCCACUGCGCUCUCUUCCUCGCCCGCCACCACCCCGAUGAGUACCGAUGGAACAAGUACGCCCUUCUGGGUCUGGCUAUCGCAUAUGUGUUUAUGUACUGGGUUUGGGAUACAGCCAACGGGCAGAGGAACAGUUUCCGACAGAUGGAGCGCGGGCAGUGGAAGCCGCGCAAGACCUUCCCUCAGCUGCCCUGGCAGGUCAUACACAACCCCAAGACUAUCGCCACCGAUACGCCAGACCGCCUCCUGGUGGAUGGGUGGUUCGGGCUGGCGAUCAAGCCGCACUAUACGGCCGACAUGUUUUUCGCUGUGUCGUGGGCUCUGGUUACAGGCUUCAAAGACUUGACCAAGUGCCGGAACAAGUACGGCGAGGCUUGGAAGGAGUAUGAGAGGCAGGUUCCAUACCUGUAUAUUCCGUAUGUCUUUUAA